AUGAAACACGGAAACUCGUUUCCGAUACUAUUUCCAGCUCGUCGGGAUAGAUCGACUGGAGGAUUUCGAUCUCCUGUUUUUGCUCUUCGAGAUAGUCCAUUGAAGAAAAAAAAUUAUUUCACAUUUUUCUUUAUAGCAGGUUCCAUGUCUUUGCAGCAGCUGAUUGUGGAAUCGUCGCAGCUAUUGGAGAACCAGCAGCCCGAACAGGCGGUGGAGCUUUUGCGGUCGAAACUGGACCAGUUUGGAGAGUCGCCGUUGUAUCUACAAACGAUAGGAGAAGCUUACUUGGAGAACGGAGACGUUGAGAAUGCUUAUCAAGUACUUAAAAAAGCGUGCGAGCUAGACCCAAAUGCCAAUGAGGGAGUGGAGAAGUUCUUGUAUCUGGGACAGAUUGUUGGUGGUCGGGACGGAGUGCAGUUUCUGGAAAUAGGAGUGAAAAAACUAUUAUCGCAACUGGAGCUGGUUCAAUCGGAAUCCUCACAGCCCUUGGACGAAAGUACUCAACUGUUAUUUGCAGCAUAUACAGAGCCAGACAAGGUUCAGGAGUACCUUUUGAAAAAAUUGAAUCAGGGUCUUUUUGGCAUAAUAGAGAUCUGGAUGACCGAUCUGUGCAUGGAGCCCGAGGCCGAGGAAGAAUGCGAGAAAUGUAUCCAGCUGGCUUUGAGUCUGGACGAGACCAACGGAGAGUCGUGGUCGCUCUUGGCGAGUAUCCGUAUUUCGCAGCAAAAGACCCAGGAUGCGCGCGACGCUGUGAAGAAAGCAUGGGACUUGUUUGAGAGCAAAAAGACAGUGUUGGAGGACGCGGCAGACCCAGAAACUCAGAUGGAGUAUAUAGAUUUGUGCCAGCCGCUCAUAACUCUGGCCAAAUAUGCCAUCGAGACCGGGUUAUUGGAGCUCGCGACCACGAUCGCGUCCUCGGUGCAGGAUAUCAACGAGCAGAGCGUCGAGAGUUUCUAUUUGGAAGGGUUUGGAUACCUGUUGAUUGCGAAACGCAACCAGAACGGUGUUUCUGAACAGGAUGGAGAUAAAGUUGCCGUUGCGUUUGACGAGUAUCCAUUGAAGCAAGCCGACGAUACGGUGAAGGAGGCCCGGCUGGCGUUGACCGAGGCAUACAAGCUAUUACAAGUGGACAGUGUUGUUGCCGAGACAGAUGCUGAUUUGGUCGACACGGUGAUGGGUCUUGUGACCGAGCUGGGCGGUCCUCUUUUCGAAAAGGCCAGCAAGGAUGAGGUCGAUCUGGAUGAUCUGGUGGACGAGGAGUGA